UCCCAAUAAUAUCACACGACUUCCCUGAUGUGGUACACGGAAUACACAUGAUACAGAACGAAUUUCGAAUUCCUCUAAGUCCUGAAAGUGGUUCUGAAGUGGUCGACUUUAAUUUCAAUGCUACCGGAAUUGUUUCAAAUGUUUCUAAAAUACCGGAAUUUUUUUCUUCUCCUUAUGAUCAACCGUUUGAUAAUUUAACACGAAAUCUUCUCAAUGUCUUCAUUGCCCUUAUUUGCAUUUUAGGCCUGAUGGGAAAUGGAACGACGAUUUAUCUCCUGGCCUUUUCCAUUAAGAGGAAUCCUUUCACCACUUUCAUCCUGAAUCUCUCCAUCGCUGAUUUUGGGGUCAUCAUAUCCCUCAUUACUGCAGCUAUAUGUGCGUCAGUGUUUACUCUGAGUCACCAAACAUACCUUAUCAAUGCCUUUUUCUUCUUACUUUUUGAGUUCUUUUUCUUCACUUAUUCUGCCAGCCAGUUUCUGCUGACGGCCAUCAGCCUGGACAGGUGUGUGGCUGUCCACUUCCCAUUCUGGCAUCGCUGCCAUCGUCCUCCAUAUUUAUCCAGACUUGUUUGUGGCCUCAUCUGGAUCCUCUCCUUCCUGCUUUCUAUGGUGCACUUCAUCCUCCACCAGACCAGAACCUAUGGAAGUUCACCUUUGUUUUACCAGCUGAUUGUGAAUGGUUUACUUUGUACGCCUCUCAUGCUUGUGUCCACUGUGACCCUCUGGAUUCAUAUGAGGUCUAAAAUGCAACGCAAUCAAAGGAAACUGCUCACCACCAUCUUGCUGGCUCUCCUCUUCUUCCUCCUGUUUUCUCUCCCAAUGAAUGUCUUUUAUGGCAUUAAAUAUUUUGUUUCCUAUAAUCCCCUCCUCCUGACCAUUGGGGUAGGAUGUGCCACUCUCAACAGCAGCAUCAACCCUCUUCUUUAUUUCUUAGUGGGGAGGAAGAAGAGAGGAAAGGAUCAGCACAGAGCAUCUUACAAGGUUGCUCUGCAAAGAAUCUUUAAGGAUGAGACGGGAAGCACCGAAGAGCAGGAAACCACAAAUGAAAGCCAAUUGUGAGUAGUUAUAAAUAUUGCAUAUGCAAUAUUUUAAGGUACAAGGUUAUUUGGGACAUCAUAUGUGCUUUCCUUAAGAACACACAGAUGUGGUAAAAUUUACUGAGCAAAGUACUUAAAAACAAAAACUAUGUAAAGAGGAAGCGUUGCUGAGUCCUCAUUUUUCAAUCCGAAGAAUUUGUUUAACAGGAAAUGUUUUAGCUGAUAUAGUUCCUUUUUCAUAAUAAGUACCCUGUUUCCCCAAAAAUAAAACCCAUUCAGAAAAUAAGCCCUAGCAUGACUUCGCAGGAGGCUCAUAAUAUAAGCCCUACCUCCAAAAUAAACCCCAGUUAAGAUUGUCAGCAAGAUGGGUGCAUUUAGUACCGUAGUUCCCCAAUAAUAAGACCUAAUUGGAAAAUAAACCCUAAUGCGGCCUUUGGAGCAAAAAUUAAUAUAAAACCUGGUCUUACUUUCAUAGAAACAUAGGUAGUGUUAAGAAUAGGUAUUACAGAAUGAAAUUUUUAAAAUGUGUAAAUUUAUUUUAUGCAUUUUUCUGUGUGACGCUCAAAUUUAUAUGGAGAUGAAAGAGAAGGGAAAAAUGUGCUGUACAGGAUAAA